GGGGAAAUGUUGCCGUUUCUGGAUGAGACCGAUGAGUUGUUCAACUAUUGGAUCCUAAGGUUGCUGCUGCUGAUCGUUAUCUAUCUUGCGUGGCGCUCGACGUACGUGAGGGAAGAUCGCACGAAUGCGGCCGUGUUGGUGAUUGAAAACAAUUUGGGCCGCUUGAACAGCAUCCAACCGCACAGCGUUACGACGAUAAUACUACGCAGUUCCUCGCAGCAGUCCAACAUAUCGAACGUAACGGAAACGGAAGAGCUUGAUUUGGAAAACGAUAGUAUAGCGUCCUCGAUCGAUAACAUCACACAAUCCAUCCUAACGGAAGCGUCCGAGUCAGCGACUGGACUUGACUUAAGCGAUACCGAAGGCUAUCCGGGUGUUGUCGGUGCUCCCGUCGUGGACACAUUUAACGAUCCGGGACCGGAAGAAAUCAUACGCCAGAUGGAUGCUACCGAUCCCGAAUCGUCCCUCCCGUCGACGCAACCCGUGGACGUUUCUUCAGCGGAAAUAACCGGAUUGCGACAAAGAUUGAAUGUUACAGGGAGUAGUAGUAAUGGAGGUUUAUCGUCGGGAGAAAAAUCGUCUACCGAUGUGGAGAGUAGUACGGGGGGAACCGCUGGUUCGUCGAGCAACAGUUUACCGGAUCCUACUCCAUUGCCUACCAAACCUAUUCGAAUCAAGCUGAAGUAUCUGAACGAUGACUCGAAGCUGGUGGAGGGCAACCUGAACGAGGGUAUCGGUGAGUUUAAGCGACGAAACUUUACCCUUGAACUGGCGGCCCAUAAGCUCGUACGAUUAGUAUUCAACGGACAUGUGCUGCAACCGGACAACAAAACGCUCGCCGCCUGUGGACUGUUUGACAACUGUGUCGUGCACUGUUUGAUACACAAUCAGAAAUCGGCCCUGAACGGUGUUAGUGGGGAUCGGCCGUUGGAAAGUUCGAUAGGGGAUAAUCAAAACCAAGCGCACGGUACGACCGGCAGCGGGAUGGACAAUGGGGAUGGUAUCGAUACGGACGGUGUAAACGAUCGGCGUGGUGCAGAUAUGGAUAACAAUCGAUCCGGCGGUGGUGGUACCCGUUACGGGACGUACUUCAUUUACAUUGGUACACUCGCCGUGACCGCGGUCAUACUGUACGGAUGGUACUGUCGCUUUCAUUAUGGGCAUUUGUUUAACCUAAACUCCACGAUCGGACUUAUCGUGACAACGACUACGUUCCUGAUCAUGAUGCCGACAAUUAUUCUGGCUGAUAGUAAUACACCAAAUUGA